UUCCGCUUUCUGGCCCUGUGUGGGCACACAGGACAAUGCCGGAUGGCGGCACACUGCAUGCUCUCAGGUGCAGACCACUCGGGUGCGCGCGGAAAGUUAGCUGUCGGGUCAGCCCAGAGUCCACGACAGCAGGAGAUACUCCCACCGAUGCUCUCCUGGAGGUCUGCGGCGGCGCGAGAAUUUACUGCUCUCGCGAGAUUUUUGGGAUCCGGGCGCCACGCGGCGCAUGUAGUUCCCAAGGCAACUGGGCGGUGCCUGAGCAAGCGGGAAGGAGGUGUUGGUCGAGAUUUUGUCUGCUUGCCCGGGAGGCUUCUGGAGUGGUGGUCUGUGAGGUUCCAACCUCAGAGAGAGAUAACGGCCUCCCCUCUGGGCGGUGCCUUUGUCCCCGAGGGCCAUGGGCCGGAUCUCCGGGCUAGUGCCCUCUCGGUUCCUGACGCUCCUGGCGCAUCUAGUGGUCGUCAUCACCUUAUUCUGGUCCCGGGAAAGCAACAUCUUGGCCUGCCUGCCACUCAGGUUCACCUCCGAGGAGUAUGAGAAGCAGGAUAUUCAGCUGGUGGUAGCGCUCUCUAUCACCCUGGGCCUCUUUGCAGUGGAGCUGGCCGGUUUCCUCUCAGGAGUCUCCAUGUUCAACAGCACCCAGAGCCUCAUCUCCAUUGGGGCUCACUGUAGUGCAUCUGUGGCCCUAUCUUUUUUCAUAUUCGAGCGUUGGGAGUGCAGCACGUACUGGUACAUUUUUGCUUUCUGCAGACAGGGUCUUGUUCUGUCACCCAAACCGGAGGGCAGUGGAUCCCUCACAGCUCAUCACGGCGUGGAACCACUGGAUUCAAGUAGUCUUCCCACCUCAACCUCCCCACUAUACCUGGCUAAUUUUUCUGGGAUUUGUAGAGUGGUCUCUUAGUGUUGCUCAGGCUGACCUUGGGUUCCCAUCCUCCAGCAUUCUUCUCCUCUCCCCUUUACCCAACCCCCACCCCCAAGUGCUGGGAUUACAGGCGUGAGCCACUGUGCUGCUGUAGUUAAAGUAUUUUCAACUUCUUAUGGGUUUAUUGGAAUGUAACCCCAUCAUAAAUCACGUAUCUAUAUUUCUAGAUACCAUAAUUUAGUUAUUUGCUGUAUUAUAUUUGUUAUUUAAAAAUUUGAACAAGCAGGGCAGCACCUGUGGCUCAAGGACUAGGGUGCCGGUCCCAUAUGCCGGAGGUGGCGGGUUCAAACCUAGCCCUGGCCAAAAACCACAAAAAAAAAAAAAAUUUUUGAACAAGCAAAGAAUCAUCUUUGUAUCUUGGAUUUUCUAUAAAAUGAUCAUUUGUGUCAAUCAUAGGUGGUGUUGUAAAUGUUCUAUUGUUAAACCAUAUCACAGUGACAAGAAGGGCCACCUGCUCAUAUUACACAAACAUACAAAUUAUAAGAAUGUAAAGUUCGGGCGGCGCCUGUGGCUCAGUCGGUAAGGCAUCGGCCCCAUAUACCGAGGGUGGCGGGUUCAAAAGUUGGUAAGGUGUCGGCCCCAUAUACCGAGGGUGGCGGGUUCAAACCCAGCCCCAGCCAAACUGCAACCAAAAAAUAGCCAGGCGUUGUGGCGGGCGCCUGUAGUCCCAGCUACUCGGGAGGCUGAGGCAAGAGAAUCGCUUAAGCCCAGGAGUUGGAGGUUGCUGUGAGCUGUGUGAGGCCACGGCACUCUACCGAGGGCCAUAAAGUGAGACUCUGUCUCUACAAAAAAAAAAAAAAAGAAUGUAAAGUUCUAUCGUAUUACAGGAUGAAUAUUUUCAGGUUUGUUGUAUAUUGGGAAGAGUCUCUGUACAGUUUACAGCCCUGGAUGGUGGAGCCCAGGCCAUUCCAAAUAAGCAAAAAGCAUCCAAUGAGAUGCUUUUUUUUUUUGAGACAGAGUCUCACUAUGUCGUCCUGGGUAGAGUGCCAUGGAGUCACAGGUCACAGCAACUUCCAACUCUUGGGCUUAAGAGAUUCUCUUGCCUCAGCCUCCCAAGUAGCUGGGACUAUAGGUGCCCACCACAAUGCCAGGCUACUAAUGAGAUGCUUUCUAAUGAUCCCUUUCAGCUGAUGCCUCACAUACAUAAUGUUUUCCUCUGUUGCCUUUCAUGGCAGGCCUUCAUCCUUAGCAUUCAGUCAGUGAAUACUUAUUUAUAAACAUUUACUAUAUGCAAACACACUAUAAUAGGUACGGAAAGAAGAGAUGUGAAUAUGACCCAUAUCAGGUUUGGCCAUCACAGAUUUUUUUUUUUUUUAAAGAGAUAGAGUCUCACUUUGUCACCCUCAGUAGAGUGCUGUGGCAUCACAGCUCACAGCAACCUCCAAGUCCUGGGUUUAAGCGAUUCUCUUGCGUCAGCCUCCCAAGUAGCUGGGACUAUAGGCGCCUGUCACAACGCCUAGCUAUUUUUCAGAUUCUUUUUUUUUGAGACAGAGCCUCAAGCUGUCACCCUGGAUAGAGUGUCGUGGCAUCACAGCUCACAGCAACCUCUAGCUCCUGGGCUCAAGCGAUUCUCCUGCUUCCAUCUCCCAGGUAGCUGGGACUACGGGCGCCGAGCACAAUGCCCAGCUAUUUUUUGGUUGCAGCCAUCAUUGUUGUUUGGUGGGCCCAGGUUGAAUUUGAACCCGCCAGCUCAGAUGUAUGUGGCUGGCACCUUAGCCGCUUGAGCCACAAGUGCUGAACCCAUCACAAAUUCUUAAAAGAAACAAUUUCCAGUACUCCCAGGGUAAUUUGAUAGCAAAUUGUGGUAAGUGCUACAAAGGAGACAUAUGGAUGGAUACUCUGUAGUAGGGAUUAAUUUACCUGAAGUGGAAGGAGGAGUGUUGCUUCUACAAAAGCAGUUUGAGUCGGGUCCUAGAGUGUGGCUGGAGUAGAAAAGUAGGAUUGCAGAGUGUGGAGGAGGUGAAAAGGAUGGGCCAUACUGGCCAUGACUAGUGGCUUGAUCAGGAAGACCACAUCACAUUACAGUCAGCCUUUCAUGUGGACCCUGUGCAGUGUUUCUACCCACUCAGGAAAGGUUUUUCAGGAACUUUUGUGAGCCAGUUGUUAAACAUAGCUAUUAUUAAAAUUAAAUUAUGUAAACUUACAAUCAAGUAAGUUAUGUAUAUAAUCAAACAAAAUAAAUAACAAUACAAAAAAUAAUAUAAACCUUUUUUUUUUUGAGGCAGAGUCUCGCUAUGUUGCCUCAUGGUACAGUGCUGUGGGGUCACAGCUCACAGUAACCUUCAACUGUUGGGCUUAAGUGAUUCUCUUUCCUCAGCCUCCCAAGUAGCUGGGACUACAGGCGCCCGCCACAACGCCUAGCUAUUUUUUGGUUGUACUUGUAGUUGUUUGGCAGGCCCCGUUCAAACCUGCCAGUUCCACUGGUGCCCUAGCUGCUGAGCUACAGGUACCGAGACAAAUAAUACAAACUCUUUUUUUUUUUUGCAGUUGUUUUGGCCAGGGCUGGGUUUGAACCUGCCGCCUCCGGCAUAUGGGGCCAGCCCCCUACUCCUUUGAGCCACAGGCGCAGCCCCAAAUAAUACAAACUUUAAGACAGUACAGUAUAAUAACCGUUUACAUAGUAUUCAAAUUGUAUUAGGUAUUAUAAGUAAUCUAGAGAUGAUUUAAAGUAUGGGAAAAUUGCAUUGGCUAUAUGCAAAUACCCUGCCAUUUAUAUCAGUAUUUUUAUUUUUAUUUUUUGAGACAGAGUCUCACUUUGUCACCCAUGGUAGAGUGCCGUGGUGUGGCGUCAUAGUUCACAGCAACCUUAGACUCUUGGGCUCAAGCAAUCCUCUUGCCUUAGCCUCCUGAGUAGCUGGAACUGUAGGCACUCACAGUUAUUUUUUAGAGAUGGGGUCUCACUCUUGCUCAGGUUGGUUUUAAAUUUCUGAGCUCACUCAGUUUACCCUUGUUGGCUUCCCACAGUGCUAGGAUUACAGGCGUGAGCCACCAUUCCCAGCCUUAUGUUAGGAGCUUGAGCAUCAAUGGAUUUGGGUAUCCAAAGGGUUCCCUGAGGAUACUGAAGGAUAACUGUGUUAUUAUCUCUUUCCAAGUUGUUUAGUGACAAGUUCGUGAUUUGUAAUAGGCAUUGUUGGGAGUUUUUACAAUACAGAAGUAGAUAAGUGACAUAAAUCAGACUGUUGAUUGUCUAGACUUAAGAAAAUGAUGGCAAAAAUGUUAAUGCAGAUUAAAUUUAAGAGCUAUAAUUGUUACAUUGUGAAGAUCACAAAAAAAUUGAGAAAAUAUUCUCCCCAAAUUUGAAAACUAUUAUCAGAUUUGUCAGAGAAGUACCUCAGGUCAUUGAAAAACCAGUGAAGCUCAAUAUAUAUUUUCAUUGUUUCAUUUUUGUCUUACUCAUAAAUGUCAACAUAAAUAUCAACCAAGGACUGCUGCCUAGUGGCUCAUGCCUGUAGUCCCAGCUACUUGGGAUGUUGGGGGAUGAGGAGAAAUGUAAGAUGGGGUGGGUUGGGGUGAGGAGGAUCGCUCCCAGGGCUCCCAAGAGUCUGGGAGUUCAAGGCUGCAGCUACUAUGAUCAUAUCUGUGAAUAAGCACUACACUCUAGCCUGGGGAAGAUAACGAGACUACCUUGCUAUUAGAAUAUUUUUAUAGGCUUGGCACCUGUAGCUCAGCAGCUAGGGUGCCCGCCACAUACACUGGAGCUGGCAAACAACAAUGACAACUACAACAACAAAAUAGCGGGGCGUUGUGGCAGGUGCCUGUGGUCCCAGCUACUUGGGAGGCUGAGGCAAGAGAAUCGCUUAAGCCCAAGAGUUUGAGGUUACUGUGAGCUGUGACGCCACAGCACGGUACCCAGGGCAACAGCUUGAGACUCUGUCUCAAAACAAAAUAAAUAAAUACAAAA